AUGCGACGCGAUCGCAAACGGCGCAGCAUCCAUUGCCAAAAUCUAGUAAAGGAUCGUCCUCUAUCUCUCUAUAUUUUCGUCGAAUACCGAUUGAGGCUCGCUCUUGCGAGAAUCGUGUGCUGCUAGCGUCGCCCGGAAAGCACAUCGUGGGACUACCUAAACAGGUUAACCUAAAAAUGUGCCAGUGGGACCGCGCCGAAACUUUACUACCCUACUUGCGCCUUUGUAACCCAAUUUAAUUUGUGCAUUUACCUCCAAGGAGAGCAGUCGCAUCCGCAAUGGCUGGGGAACAGCAGCAGUUUUUUCUCAAAUGGAAUGACUUUCAAUCUAAUAUGGUGUCAUCGUUUAAACACCUACGAGAUGAAAAAAGUUUCACAGACGUGACGUUGGCCUGCGACGGCCAGACAUGUAAAGCUCAUAAAAUGGUUCUUUCUGCUUGCAGUCCUUACUUUAAAUCCCUUUUAGAGGAAAAUCCGUCCAAGCAUCCAAUUAUAAUUCUUAAGGAUGUAGCAUAUAGUCACCUCCAAGCGAUCUUAGAGUUUAUGUAUGCGGGGGAAGUAAAUGUCUCGCAAGAUCAGUUGCCGGCAUUUCUAAAAACUGCAGAUCGACUUAAAGUGAAAGGAUUAGCCGAAGCACCCGGUGCCAUUAAGAGAGAGGGUUAGGUCUUCGCGUCUUCAGUUACGGUGUUAUCAGAAGCGUGCAGACUGAAACAAAGGAACUUGUAAUGUUGUAAAGUGAUUGCGUAAAGUACGAAACACACGUUAACACAAAUAGACAAGACAGGCGGGCUAUGCUGCGCCCUCCGGUUCAUGACUCGGAUCAACGCGAGAGUGAUGUAAAUGACAUUUCUUUUCUCGAGAAAUACCGUUAACGUUAUACCUUACGUAUGCAAAUGCGAAGUAGAGACUAAAUGUUGAUGUUUGUCUUGAACCCAAUGCGCCACGAUAAUACCACAGCCACAUUGAUUAUUUUUUUAAAACGAAAUACCGCAGAGUUACAAAACGAAUAAGUGGAUCACGAUAGUUUUAAUAUAACAAGCUGACCGGGGCUGUUUUCAUUAAUCGGCAGAAGUGUUAAGGAAAUAACCGUCAAAUAAGUUUUUCUAAUUAAUUCACAUGUCAUGGUCCGACGAAGAGCUAUUUACAUAAUCGUUGAACCAAUCAAUUUGACCGUAGACAUGUCCCAAUUUACAAUCUAUUUUACACAUGUUAAAAUGUUAAAUAUUAUUACUGUGCACAUCAUUACCAAACGAUCAUUGGUAAUGCUGCUUAGUCGUUGACAAAUUCUGAAGUGUCCAUGAGACGAAGGAAUAUCUUCGAAUGGAAGGAUCUCAAUUUACUUUACCGUAUGACUAUCUUUCAACUACUUUGGCUUGAAUGAUGCCUGUUAUAGAUUUUGACUAAUACAUUUCUUGAAAGAGGACUUACCACUUUUGACCGAUGCAUGUCUUCGGCGAGUUAAGAGACUUAUGAACACCCCGGCCAUCCGUUCAAAGAGUUUCGAGUCAGAUUUACUGGAGGAUAUAACUCAGUUGUAACGAGUCCUCCAAAUAAUCGUUUACUUGUGAUUCUUAUUAAUGAAAUGUUAAUUAAUAACGUUCAAGCUUAUCAUGCAAAGACUAAAUAUGAAACAUGCAUCAAAGGAUUGUUGACAUAACAAAGUUGCUACCUCCAGUAAUCAUGAUUUCGUUUAACCAAAUACUGCCAGUAUUUGUUACCGGCGUAUUCACAUUAUUACCGAUAGACCAAAUUUAUUUAUGAUAAUAAUAUAUUGAGGGUUGGUUGUCCUAAACCAAGGGAAGGCUAUUGUAACAUAAAGCAAAUUUUGUAAAGCCAGAGCGCACAGUUCCUUUUUCCUCUUGACCGACAAGACCUCUAGGAAGGCUUAGAAAGAAAGUCAGGAGCAUUUCUCUAUAGCGAAGUUAUCCAUAAAUAUAUUUUUAUUUUUUCAAGAUAAACAAUUUCACGUUGAAGCAUCAACAAACGAGGCAAAUACCUUUUUGUUUCUGCAUUUCCGUUCGACUUUCUGCACAAGUGAAUAUCAUCACUGGCGUCAAUAUGAAAUAGAAUUCAGUAUUUCAUAUAUCUCGUUGGGAAAUGAUUUAGGCAACUUUGAACCUUUGUAAUACUUCAGUGAUGUCGAGAGUAAUGUUUAUAUAAGCAAAUUGUUUAAAGGGUCUCCAUAAUGUACAAAGAUAUUCGAAUCUGGCGAAUAUUCUUUAAAGUCUGCGAACUUAUGGGCCGUCAAAUUUCGUCAUUGAAUCAUUAUGUCAGACCAGAGAUAAUUAACAUUAAAGAUAUGAUUUAACGAAAAACACUUGUCGUUUGGUAUGAAACUGCUUUUAUCCGAUGGUAACUGUUUCAUUGAAAGAGUUUCAUUAAGAGGUCUCGUUUUAAUAUGAUUUCGCCGUUGUAAUAUCAGAUCCAUACGUCAGUUGAAACUGUCUUUAGCGUAAUGUUAGUAUUUAAUUUCCUGUUAGUAUUCCCGAUAAUUAUACCGAGGAAUAAAGUAUUUUCGUAAACUUUCUCCGAGCACGGUGCGCUCUUGUAACCGACGUAGAUAGACUGUGGUAAAACAAUGUAGAGGUGGGAACAAAUGUACAGCUUGUUCGAAGAAGUUUAACGAAGAUCUUCACGCGCGA